AUGAGUUUUCUCAAUUUGUGCGGUACUCGAAUCAUUAGAACAAAGGUUGCCAUUCUUGGAAGUGGAAUGGCUGGUAUGGCUGCCGCUCGCACUUUAUCAGAAAAUGGCAUUUCAGAUUUUUUAAUUAUUGAAGCACAAUCAACUCUUGGAGGACGAAUGAAAGAAAUAAAAUUCGGAGGAUAUACUAUUGAAUUAGGUCCUAGUUGGAUUCAAGGUAUACGAAAUAAUGAAACUGGAGAAGAAAAUCCAAUAUGGACAUUGGCAAACAAACACAAACUUAUGAACAUCUACACUGAUUAUGAUGACUUAUUGACUUUUGAUCAAAAUGGUUUUACUAAUUAUUCGAAUAUCGUAAAUCAAGCAUUUGAUAAAUUUGAUCAAGUUGUAGACGAUGCAGCGAAAAGAUUAGCAUUAGGACUGGAAGAUCUGUCAUUCGCACAAGGUCUAAGUCUUCAAGGAUGGAUACCUCAGACACCACACGAAAAAGUAGCCGAUUGGUGGGCAUUUGACUUCGAAUAUGCUGAUACACCAAGUGCAUCGAGCAUGAUUGAGACAUCAAUCCAUACUAAGACAAGUUAUGCUCGAUGGUCGGAAGAUAAUCAUUUCGUUAUAGACGAACGAGGAUACGGAACAUUAGUACGUGAGGAAGCUAAAACUUUUACGAAUGAAAAAAACAUUCUCUACAAUAGUACCGUUACAAAAGUGAAAUAUUCAAAUCGUUUGGUAAGUAUUACAUUGGAAAACGAUUUGAUCAUUGAGGCUGAUUAUGCUAUCUGCACAUUCUCAAUCGGUGUUCUACAACAUAAUGAUGUUCAAUUUAUGCCAAGAUUUCCAGUAUGGAAACAAGAAUCAAUCUUUACCUUUAAAAUGGCAACUUAUACGAAAAUCUUUCUUCAAUUUUCUCACAAAUUUUGGAAUAACACACAGUCUUUUUUGUAUGCUGAUCCACACCGACGAGGUUACUAUCCACAAUGGCAAUCAUUAAGUGAAGUUGGCUUUUUUCCAGAUAGUAAUAUAAUGUUUGUUACUGUUGUUAAUGAUCAAGCUUAUAUUGUUGAAGAACAAAGUAACAACCAAACAUUGAUGGAAAUUAUGACAGUAUUAAAAUUGAUGUAUGGAAAUGAAAUUCCACAACCCAUUAAUUUCUAUUAUUAUCGAUGGAGUCAAGAUCCAUUAUUUCGUGGUUCGUACAGUAAUUGGCCAGUUGGUACCUCACGUUGUCAACAUGAUAAUCUUCGACGACCAAUUGGACGUCUUCAUUUCACUGGUGAAGUGUAUUCAAAAGAGUAUUAUGGAUCUCUACAAGGUGCAUUUAUGGAAGGUGUGCAAACAGGCAAAAAAGUAGCUGAUUAUCUAUUGGGCAAAAUAUUUACAGAAACUAAUCAGGACUAUUCAUGCAAAUAUAAGUAA